AAUAACGGUGUCAAAUUCUAUGUUGAAUUCAAUGACCUGUACCAGCCCAUUCGAAAAGGUGGACAUAUUUUGAUCCAUUUUCUUGGUAACAUUGCAACGAUAGAGACAUAUUGUCCACUUGGAGAAGAGGACUGGCAUGCUGUUGAUGGGCAUUUUAAAAAGAAGAUAAUUCUUGAGAUGAGAGUAGGAUCGCUUUGUGAUUCCAAAGGUGAGCUAUAUGACAAAGCAUCCCUCAUGCGUGUUAAUAAAAGUUGGAGGCAAUAUAAGUUUAAAAUUAAGAAGGAUUACUACAAACCAACAGAGAAAAGUUUAGAAGAGAUGUGUAGCGGGACGCCGCCACAUGGGAUUAGUAGUCAAAAUUGGAUAAAGCUACUUAAGUAUUGGGAUUCAGAGAAAGGAAUAUCACUAUCAGGAUGUGGUAAAGCAGCACGGGCCUCUCUAAAUCAAUUACAUAGAUGCGGUUCUAACAGUUUUGCAAACAAACAAGCUGACCAUGAAGAUGAGCAUGGAGAAAAGAUGAGCUUAUUAGCUCUCUGGAUAAAAGCACAUACUGGCAAGGAUGGGUUUCUACCAGGCACAGUGACCGAAGAUUUUGUGAAUGAUGCGAAAGCUAAAGUUGAAGAGUUGAGAUUGACAAACCCUUCUAAGUCCCAACGGGAACUUGAAGAUGAAGCCUUUGAGCUGACCAUGCAUGGUGGAGAGAUCCUUGAUCGUCCUACAGGUUACGGACUUGGGGUUCGAAAGAGCAACAUUUACGGGGUGCAUGCUUUGCUAAAGAAGGAAGGGCCUAGAAAAAAUUAUCAAAGGACUGUGGUAAUGGAUAAUAAUGUGAAAGAAGAAAUGUCUGUUUUGCACAAAAAAAAUGAAGUACUUGAGAAGGAAAAUGAAAAGCUAAAAGACCAAGUACAAGAGAAUAAUACUCUUCUUAAAACCCUUAACGGACAGUUUUCUCACAUUGUUGGUGGAGUUCAUGAUGGAAAGAGUUCAAUAGAACUUCUAACCUGUGCAAAAUCAGUCUUGGGAGUGACAAACGAACAGGUUAUGGAUGCAACAGAAAGACAAAGGAAACCUACUGAAGCUGGAAAUUAGCCUACUAUGCACCUUCAUUUGUUUAAAGUUACUUAGAUAGUAGUUAGCUUAUGUAGGUUUUAAUCUAACUUUUUAAUUUAGUUGGCAUGCAGUUGAUAUAUGUAACAAUAAUGAUGAUAUUUUGGACAUCAAUAGGUUUUUUUGAACAUCCAUCGGUGAAAGUAUGUAGUAGGGAUUAGAUUUCAAAUUUUCAACUCUUUGUUAAUUUUGAUAGCAAUAUAUAUGUUUUAUCGUUGCUUUUAUGUAU